GUAGAUUGAGCUGUACGAAUGAUGAAUCACAAAUGAUGGCAAUCCUAUAAUGUACAUGAAUUCUCAAUCCAACAAUGCCUGUUGAGACAAUGCUUGCUUUGCAGAGUAUUUUGAAAAACUCCAACAGUGAUACAUGUUUGCAAGAACUCCAAAGAUUUGUUGAGAGAGGUACAGAAGUAGUUCAGCUAUGCUCCCGAAAUGACUGUAAAAGGAUUUACAGCAUUUUAAAAAAGGAGCUGAAGAAGACCAGCAACAGCCAAGAAGAAUGUUCUUGGGUGUCUGUCAUCUUGCGGGUGGUGCAGCAUUUGGCAAACAACCCCCAUGAGCCAAAUGAUGCAGUCAUUUUUGAGUAUUUCCCAAAAAUGAUUGUAGAAACCUAUGAGUGUAUCUCACAUUUGCUACAGACCAGUUCAUAUUUUGAAAAGACUUUGGAAGAUACGUUGGAAACAAUAAUUACCCUGUCUGAAUACAGUAGCCGAGCAAAAGGAAGAAUGAUCUCCAUGUUUUCAUUGAUGAUCCUAUCAGAUGUCACAAAUGUCAAGUUCAGCUUUCAUAUAAAAAUGGAGAUGUUGAAGUCCCUAAAUUUACUACUGGAGAGAUGUCCUUCUUCUGUGAGGCAACAAUUAAAUCAAGUGCCAGAAUUCACAGAGUUAAUCAAUUUUCUUGCAGCACUGAUUCAGACAAUUGGAGAUUAUGAGUUUCAAGUUGGUGUAAUAGAGUGCUUAUUCAGGCUGAUCCAGAAGCCACAGCGGGAAUGCUUCGCUAAAUUUUGGUUCAGUGACAAAGGUGUUCAGAAAGCUUUUCUGGAUGUUAGGGAUUCAGACUUUGAAACGGAUUGUAGGGAGUUUUUAAACCACCUAAAUGAAACUACUUUCCCAAGAAAUGUGUUUAGUAUUCCCUGUGAUGCUGCCUACUUAGGAAGUAUUCAACUAGAAAAACCACAAGAUGCCAAAUAUUCAGAAUUCUGGGUGGAUUUUAAUUGUGGGAGCAGAAGGAUUACAAUAUUUUGUAAUCAAGAGCCUUCAGAAAGUCAGGAGGAGGAGGAAGAUGAAUUGUUGUGGGAGACUGUGUCAAUUCAUCACAAGGUGGUUGAAAAAUACAGUCUUGAAGACAACAUAGUGAAGCUUUACCUCAAGCACCCUGUCAGGGAUCUGAUCAGUUUUGGCCCUAUGAUACCUGAUACAGUGGUGACCAUUGCCUUCCAGCCACAUUGCAGCAUACAAGGGGCCCUUGAUGGCACAUUGAAAACUCCAAAUAAGAUUGGUCAAAAGGUAUCCAGGUCAAUCCAGUCCAUUCAUGUGAACUUGAAAACUACGGAAAAUGAAGAUGACUACCAGAUUCCAAGUUCUAUUGCUGAUGAACAGACUGAUAUGGGAAAUCUUUGUGAUGACCUAGCCAAGAGAAUUGCUGAUAAACUUACUACUAAGGUUGGAAAACCAUGCCCAAGACAACCAAAAGUAUCGAUGCCUUUACAACCAAUGGCUAUAUCAGCUAGAUAUAACAGAAAUAUUGAGAUGCCAACAACAACCUCCAGCACGCAACAUACUGCAAGUAGCAACACUUCAUCAGGUCGAAGCACUAGUCUUCUGCAAUCCAAACCACUGGAAAAAUCUUCUCAACCUAAUUCUAAGAGUCCAGACAAAGACAGGGCUCCUGCAGGUUCUAAAACUCCCAAGUCCUGUCAUGGUGUGAGACGUGUGAAAACUCCACUUGUAAUGGCCCCUGUGCCCGUAGAAGUGAAGAAGCCGGUUUCCCCUGACAUGUCUCUUGAUAUUGCUGAGAGAAGGCUGAAAGUUAGUGAGGCAAUAGCACAUGCCUCAGAGGAUGAGGAGGAUGAAGAUGUUCAAGAGUGUGAUGUGGACACAAUACCAGAUUCAUGUCCUGUUGAGAUUAAUGUUUCCAGUCAACCUAUCACAGAAUCAUUGUCCAAAGAAGAAAAAAUACAACAGGUGGCCAAAUUAAAAGAUAAAAUCUUGAUAGAGGACCCCAACUACACAGGAUAUAACAAGACAGUAUAUUGUGCAGCAAAGAGCCCAGCAUUGAGUAAUAUUACUGAGGAGGGGACUAUCACAUCUAAUGAUAAGACACCAAAAUCAGUUUCAGGGUUGGCAACAAUUAAAGAAGAUGGGUCCCAGAAGAGUGUUGAUGAUUUCAAAGAGAACACACAACAGCCUACAAAGAGAAAAGGUGCAACAAAAAGAGGACGAGCUAAUAAGGGCAAGAAAUCCAAACCCAGAGCGGCACCAACAACAAGAGCAAAGAGGGGAAGGAAAAACAAGUCAAUCAAGGACGAGAUAUCAGGAGAGUCUGAUGAUGAUGACAUUGGGGAGUUAAUAGUUGAAGUAGAAAAACAACCAAAUCCAGUGAUGGAUGAAUCACAUAAACAUAAAGAUUUGGAAGUAGAACACACUGAACUGAAUGAUUUUAGUCCUGAAAUUGAUAAAAUUGAUAGAUCAUUUGGAUUUGAGACAGAUGGUGUUGAUGAAAAACAGACAACAAGAGCAACAAGAAGCAGGUCUGCAAAAAACAAAGCAAAAUUGCCACAAGCUAUUAAAACAUGUAAAGGUCGUGAAUCAAAUAGAACUGUUGAAGAUAAUGAAUCACAGAGUAAUACAGAAACUAAGAAAGAAGGCAAUACCCAGAAUAAGCCAAAACCCAAAAGGGUCAAACAAAGUAAGUUUAAACCUCCAGCAAAGACAUUUGAAAAGACAGAGGCCAUUAAAUCAUCCAUUGAUAUACCUGAAAAUAUGCAUGAUAACUUUGACUUCAUGGAGAGUCAAUAUAGUCAAACAAGUCAGAUCAAGAAUUCUUCUCCAAUUAAUUUAUCCUCACCACCUGCCAAAAAAGAUGGAACUGGUGAACAAAAACAGGUAUUUGCAUCUCUUAAUAAUUCAUCACAGAAAGUACCCAAGUUCUUCAAAUCUAAAUAUAAAGCUGAGGUUGGUGUAACUCCUUCUCAAGCAUCCGCUGAUAUGUUUGACUUUGAACCUGAUGCAGGUAGAAAACAAGGACAUCCUCUUUGUUCUUCUAAAGCUGAUAUUGAUAUAUAUGGGAACUGGAACAAACAGGAAACCUCAAAUGCCCAUCGAAAUAACCUCAGUAAAGCAAAAUAUAGCUACAUGGAAUCAAACAAUGAGUUGGGGAAACAGAAAAAGGAAGCUGUGCAAAAACCUAAACAGGCUAAAGUUAAAGGACAUAAGAAGAAAACCUCAUCAACAAAUGAGGACAUUACAGCUGUGUAUCAGGACCCAGCAGAGGAUGCUCAGAACACUGAGGAGGUUCCAUUCUGUAGUAAAAAGAUAGAUAAAUCUAGAAAGCCAUUAGCAAACAUUGAAAAUCAUCAAAAAAUAAAAAGCAAUGACUCUUAUCAAGUAAGAGAUAUCUCUAUAGAAAGAAAUGAACCUCAAUCAGCUCAUGAAAAAAUCAAUGAAAAGAAACAAAGGCCUACAGAAAAUAACAUCCAGAACAAAGAUCUAUCUCUUGAUGAAAAAAGGCAGUUGAUUGC